CCGGGGCUGAGGCGAACCCCCGGUGCCGCCGGGGCUGAGGCGAACCCCCGGUGCCGCCGGGGCUAAAGUGAAACCCCGCUCCCCGCCCGAUGGAGCCCACCAACUUCAUAGCGCGGGACAACUACUGGAAAAAACAUAUUGAAAAGGAAGGAGAUGCAGCAAAAAGAUGGGCUGAAAAAUGGGGAUUUUUGAAAACACCUCUUGAGGAGUUAAUUGGACAUGAAAAGAAAGAAGAUGCAAAGCCCAAGCUACAGCUUCCAGAUCACCUGCGGAUUCGACCUGUGACACCUGUGGAAAAAUACAUUAAGGUGCUUCCAUCUCCUCCACUUCCUGAAACUACCCAGGGGUUUAUUGGCUGGAGAUCAAGUGUUCCAGCACUGGCACUUGAACACGAUUUUCAAAUCCAAAGCUGCAAAGGAGCCGUCUGCAAGAUGAAGUGACCGUGCAAGCCCUCUGAGUGACAUUAUGAAAUAUAGAGGCACAAAGAUCCAUCUGCAUUCCUAAGGAAAUAUCCUGUAGUGGAUUCUUGAUCAUUUCUGCUAUUUAUGAGAAAAUCCACAAUCAUUUUGGUAAAGUGUGAACAUUUUCAUUUUACUUAAUUGAGUCUAUGGCAU